GUUAUUUGUGAGAAAGUUGAAAAAUCAGACAUUGCAACAAUUGAUAAAAAAAAAUAUCUUGUUCCAGCUGAUCUCACGGUUGGUCAGUUUGUUUAUGUAAUCCGAAAGCGGAUCAAACUGAGCCCUGAAAAGGCUAUUUUUAUCUUUGUUGAUGAAGUUUUACCACCUACCGCUGCACUUAUGUCGAGUAUUUAUGAUGAACGUAAAGAUGAGGAUGGUUUCUUGUAUAUAACGUAA